UCGGCCCAGCCCAGGCGGAUGGAGCAGGAUCCCAAGCUGCCCCGUCUGCGGCUCUGGGCCCUGCUCCCCUGGCUGCCCAGGAAGCAGCGGCCCAGGAUCAGCCAGACUUCUCUGCCUGCCCCUGGCCCUGGCUCUGGCCCCAGGCAGGACUCGGAUGAGGACAUCCUCAAGGAGAUCUCCAUCACGCACCAUGUCAAGGCUGGCUCUGAGAAGGCCGACCCAUCCCAUUUUGAGCUCCUCAAGGUUCUGGGCCAGGGAUCCUUUGGCAAAGUCUUCCUGGUGCGGAAGGUCACCCGGCCUGAUAGUGGGCACCUGUAUGCCAUGAAGGUACUAAAGAAGGCGACACUGAAAGUACGUGACCGCGUUCGGACCAAGAUGGAGAGAGACAUCCUGGCUGAUGUAAACCACCCGUUUGUGGUGAAGCUGCACUACGCCUUCCAGACCGAGGGCAAGCUCUACCUUAUUCUGGACUUCCUGCGUGGCGGGGACCUCUUCACACGGCUCUCUAAAGAGGUUAUGUUCACGGAGGAGGAUGUGAAAUUUUACCUGGCCGAGCUGGCUUUGGGCCUGGACCACCUGCACAGCCUGGGCAUCAUUUACAGAGAUCUGAAGCCUGAGAACAUCCUUCUGGAUGAGGAAGGCCACAUCAAACUCACGGACUUCGGCUUGAGCAAGGAGGCCAUUGACCACGAGAAGAAGGCCUAUUCCUUCUGUGGGACGGUGGAGUACAUGGCCCCCGAGGUCGUCAACCGCCAGGGCCACACCCACAGUGCAGACUGGUGGUCCUAUGGGGUGCUGAUGUUUGAGAUGCUGACGGGCUCCCUGCCCUUCCAGGGGAAGGACCGGAAGGAGACCAUGACACUGAUUCUGAAGGCAAAGCUAGGCAUGCCCCAGUUUCUGAGCACGGAAGCCCAGAGCCUCCUGCGCUCCCUAUUCAAGCGGAAUCCUGCCAACCGGCUCGGCUCCGGCCCUGAUGGGGCAGAGGAAAUCAAGCGGCAUGUCUUCUACUCCACCAUUGACUGGAAUAAGCUGUACCGGCGCGAGAUCAAGCCACCCUUCAAGCCGGCUGUGGCACAACCCGAUGACACCUUCUACUUUGACACUGAGUUCACAUCCCGCACGCCCAAGGACUCCCCAGGCAUCCCCCCGAGCGCUGGUGCCCAUCAGCUGUUCCGUGGCUUCAGCUUCGUGGCCACUGGCCUGAUGGAGGAUGACGGCAAGCCUCGGGCCACGCAGGCGCCCCUGCACUCGGUGGUACAGCAACUACACGGAAAGAACCUGGUUUUUAGCGACGGCUAUGUGGUAAAAGAGACGAUCGGUGUGGGCUCCUACUCCGAGUGCAAGCGCUGUGUCCACAAGGCCACCACCAUGGAGUAUGCUGUCAAGGUCAUCGACAAGAGCAAGCGAGAUCCCUCGGAAGAGAUUGAGAUUCUUCUGCGGUACGGGCAGCACCCCAACAUCAUCACUCUGAAAGAUGUGUACGAUGAUGGCAAACACGUGUACCUGGUGACCGAGCUGAUGCGGGGAGGGGAGCUGCUGGAUAAGAUCCUACGGCAGAAAUUCUUCUCGGAGCGUGAGGCCAGCUUCGUCCUGCACACCAUCAGCAAGACCGUGGAGUAUCUGCACUCCCAGGGGGUUGUGCACCGGGACCUCAAGCCCAGCAACAUCCUGUAUGUGGACGAGUCUGGGAACCCUGAGUGCCUGCGCAUCUGCGACUUUGGCUUUGCCAAGCAGCUGCGGGCUGAGAACGGGCUUCUCAUGACACCUUGCUACACCGCCAACUUCGUGGCACCUGAGGUGCUGAAGCGCCAGGGCUAUGAUGAGGGCUGUGACAUCUGGAGCCUGGGCAUUCUGCUGUACACCAUGCUGGCGGGAUACACUCCAUUUGCCAAUGGACCCAGUGACACACCAGAGGAAAUCCUGACCCGGAUCGGCAGUGGGAAGUUCACCCUCAGCGGGGGAAACUGGGACACGGUUUCAGACACAGCCAAGGACCUGGUAUCCAAGAUGCUGCAUGUGGACCCACACCAGCGCCUCACAGCUAAGCAGGUCCUGCAGCACCCGUGGAUCACCCAGAAAGACAAGCUCCCCCAGAGCCAGCUAUCCCACCAGGACCUGCAGAUUGUGAAGGGAGCCAUGGCAGCUACGUACUCUGCGCUCAACAGCUCCAAGCCCACCCCUCAGCUGAAGCCCAUCGAGUCGUCUAUCCUGGCCCAGCGGCGGGUGAGGAAGCUGCCAUCCACCACCCUGUGAGGGGCCAGAGCAUCCGGGCCGCAGGGCGGUGCUAGCUCGACGGAGGCAGCGUACUUCCCAGAGGGAGCGGGCCUGAGUCACAGGGCCAGAGGGAGCGGAGCCCCGAGGGGGCCCAGAUCACCCCGGGGAGGGCGUGAGAAGUGCCUUCUCCUCCCCCAGGACGCACUCUUCUCGGCUCAGGCUCUGCUGGUUGAAAUCGAUUCACUGUACAAACUCUUGUCUUUUUUUAAGGAAAAAAUGGCACCAACCACCAUGGAUUUUUACAAGAUCCAUUUGCCUUUCUGGGAGCAGAAAUAACCAGUGCAGUCCCAGGAGGGGCACUGAGUCACACUCGGGCUGUCUGUAGCUGAGACUCCUUAGAGCAGCUUUAGGGUCCCCCCUGGGGGGGACCCCUACAAUUGGCCAUCGGUAGCCAUCUGCACCCACCUCCAAGGCAGUCCAGCGUCACCUUCCAGAGCCCUUGGCUGUUUAGCAGAACUUGCUCUAUCCCCAUCGGCUCCUUUUCUGUUCUGUUCUGUUGGGGGUUCUGGAACCACUUUCUGCUAGAGGAGAGGACCUGUGGCUCCCAGCUCCAGGCACCAGCAUCCACAUUGGCCGUACCACUGGGGCCUCUGCAGUCAGGUUGGGCAGCCCCUGAAGGAGCAUCUGGAAAGCACUUUUUGGCUGACUUCUGCUGGAGUCUGCCACAGAACAGAGUUCACAGGAGGCCUGUGGGGCAGGCCAAGAGGGGCAGGGGCUUUUUUCAUUUCUUCCUCAGCUGGUAACUCAGGGUUCAUAUGUCCACGGCCUUUCUAAUAAACUUACAGUUGAGUUGAA